AUACAUAUAAUAUUGUAAAAGAAGUGAAUUUCUUCCACCUCAGCUCCUUCUAUAUAUAUGAAUCAACCACAAGUCCCAGGCUGAUCAAUAUAUAUCUCAGUCUGAUCGAGCUCAAGAGAGAGAUGGGUCUGAAAGGGAAGCUGAUUGCAGAAAAAGAGAUCAAAUGCCAUGGCGAUGUCUUCCACGAGCUCUUCAGACACAAACCACACGAUAUUUCCAAUAUUACCCCUCAUCAUUACCACGGCUGCGACGUCCAUCACGACCACGCUGGAGUCGUCGGAAGUACCCGUACCAGGGAAUAUACUCACGAUGGGAAGAAGAAGAGCAUGAAAAUUGUGCUUGAAGAGAUAGAUGAGGAGAAGAAGCUGCUGAAGUUCAAGGCUGUGGAGGGAGACAUUCUGGAGCUGUACAAGGAAUACAGUGUCAGCAUUCAUGUCGACACUGAGGGGGAUGUUCAUGUCGUUAUUUGGACAAUAGACUACGUCAAGGCUGCCGAAGAUGUCGUCGAUCCCGUUUCUUAUCUGCAGCUCGCCAUCAAUAUUAUCCAGGGAAUUGAAGAUCACCAUGCCAACGCCGAAAAAAAAAAAAAAAAAGGGAUGGGUCUGAAAGGGAAGCUGGUGGCAGAAAAAGAGAUCAGAUGCCAUGGCGAUAUCUUCCACGAUCUGUUCAAACACAAGCCACAUGAAAUUUCCAAGAUUACCCCUGAUCAUGUUCAUAGCUGCGAUGUCCACGAAGGGCAAUUUGGGACUGUCGGAUCUGUUCUGUCCUGGGAUUUCACUAACGAUGGGAAGAAGGAGAGCCUGAAAGUGGUGAUUGGAGAGAUAGAUGAGGAGAAGAAGUUGGUGAAGUUCAAUGUUGCUGAGGGAGAGAUUCUGGAGAAGUACAAAGAGUUUGUUUCCGCCAUUCAUGUCGACACGAAAGGGGAUGAUCAUGUCGUCACUUGGACCUUACAGUACGAGAAGGUAAGAGAAGACGUUCCAGACCCCAUUUCCUAUUUGGAACUCGCCAUUAACAUCAUCAAAGACAUCGAAGCUCACCACGCCACCUGAUAAACUCAUCACAUAUAUAUAUACACACAUAUACAUACAUUCACAUAUAUAUAUCUGUGUGUGUAUGUGUGUUGUGCUUGUGAUGAUUGAAUUUGAAUUUGGAUGCAUGUAAGAAUAAGCGAAUAAUAUAUAUAUUUAUAUAUAUAUAUAUCGAACGCUUCGGCGUUGUUGUGAGUUUGUACAAUAAAUCAAGGUGUGGUUUUAAGGUUUCCUAAUUAACUAUCUAAUAAUGUUUUGUGAUAUAUUUGGUUCAAUUGGCAUCUACUUUGAUUGUAAUUAAAAUUUAAAUAAUUAUAUUACAAUCGAAUGGAUGGAUGGUUGUGUA